ACCUUGUGAUGUGUGUUCACUCCGCCUCUUCCCAGCUGAUGCUUGCGUCCUUUCAAUUUCUAUUCUAAGAGGAAGACUUGAGCAAGAGGGGUCUGCGGGGGUAGCGCAGUUAAAACAUCCAUGGGUGGUUGUGUGGGUAGUCACCAUGAUUCUUCAGGCAGUUUAAACGAAAAUUCUGACGGAACUGGAGUGGCUCUGGGACGUAACCAGGCCUUGAAGAGAGAGAAGCCCAAAUGGAAGAGUGACUAUCCCAUGACGGACGGCCAGCUGCGCAGUAAGCGGGAUGAGUUCUGGGACACGGCGCCCGCCUUUGAGGGACGCAAGGAGAUCUGGGACGCGCUCAAGGCCGCCGCCCAAGCCUUUGAGAGCAACGACCAUGAAUUGGCCCAGGCCAUCAUCGACGGGGCCAGCAUAACAUUGCCACACGGCGCGCUGACGGAGUGCUAUGAUGAGCUGGGGAAUCGCUACCAGCUGCCAGUCUACUGCCUGUCCCCACCCGUCAACAUGAUCGAGGAGAAGAGUGACCUUGAGAGCCUUGAGGUCAGCGAGCCCCCCCCCAGCGAGGGUCAGGAGUGCCAGCUACGCCUGCGUCUGUCCACGGGCCGGGACCUGCGUCUGGCGGUGAGGACCACGGACACGGUGCAGCACAUGAAGCGGCAGCUGCAGGCGGUGGAGGGCGUGUCGGCGGCCACCCAGCGCUGGUUCUUCUCAGGCCGGCCACUCACAGACAAGAUGAAGCUGGAGGAGCUGAAGAUCUCCAGGGACUACGUGGUGCAGGUGAUCAUCAGCCAGCCGCCCGCCCCCCUACCCACCCUGGCCCCGCCCGUCCCCACACCAACCACACCCACGUCCAUGCCCGCCACACUGCCCCAGGACCCCACGCCCGUAGAGAACUAGUGCCUGGCACCUGGAGAGGGCACGCAUGCAAGAAAAGACAGACCACCAAGGGAAGACCAGCUUUUGACAAGUGGAGAUUUGGGUGGGGUUGUGAGGCAGACACGUGUCUGAGCAGGUGAAGGAACAGUUCUGGAGAACCGAGCCGAGCUCGGUGGUCAUGAAAGUGUUUGUUUAGAGUUGUGUGAGGGUUUGUUAAGCUGUGUACCCUCCCUCUCUCUUCUCCUCUCUCCUCCACGAGAUGGAGAGGUGUUUCUGCAAGGCAUGCUGGGAUAGCAGCAGGGAUGUCUCUGUGCCUCAGCCAGAGCAGGAGGACUCCGCCUCCGUGACUGAAGACGACCAACUUGGAGCAGCAAGAGACUCCACCACAGGACAGGAACACCUGCUAACCUGGCAUUUCAAAAAUCUACCUUUUACAAAAACUCUUUAAAAAAAACUUGUCUUGUUUUUAGUGGAAACUGAACAACCAAAAAAUAAAAUCUGAGGAAACUAUAGGAAUAUACAGUAACAGCCCAUGUUGUUACAAACCAUGUUCCAGAACCCCCUGCUUGUUCUCCAUCUCCUCUGUAGCUUCUAGUCAGCCGGCUGUCAGUCCUUCUAUUGCCCCCCCCGUAGUAGCCUUGACCUGACCUGUAGCCUCUUUCUGCAGACGUUACAUGUAGCUCUACCAGUCAACUCGUCCUCCCUCAGGAGCCUUCCUCCCCCAGGAGCCUUCCUCCCCCAGGAGCCUUCCUCCCCCAGGAGCCUCCUCCCCCGGGAGCCUUCCUC